GCGUCUUGCCUGCAUUAGGAGACAGACCGGGUAAAAAGCUCACUCACCACACUAUUUAAAGCCCUUUUGCAGUGGUGAGGAGAACAUCCCGAUUGCUCAGCUCAUCACACAAAUACAGCCUGUGUCAUUGCUGCCACCCUUAAUGUCUCCGUUGAAAGUCGGCUGAGUGAUGAACUUCAGCAGGGAGGUGGCCCGACAGACCAGUUGUUACACAUACGUGAUAGAGGAUGAGGACCCAGCCCUGGCAAGAUUAAAUGUAUUCGAGUUGGCUGAGAAGGGAGACUUGGCUCUCCUGGAGAACCUAGUGAGGAAGAGCCCAGAGGUCCUGAGCGAGAAAGAUGAAUGUGGAGCUACUCCCCUUCAUCACGCCGCCGCAGGGGACCACGUCACCCUCAUCCAAUUCAUCACCACCAUCAUAGACUCACAGGUUCUGAGCAGCUGUGAUGAGCAGGGCAACGUGCCCCUCCACUGGGCGGUGGAGCAGAACAAGGCAGAGAGCUGCAAGGCUCUACUGGACCUGGGGGCCGACCCCAACAUCCUCAACACGGCCCUCCUGUCCCCUCUGCACCUGGCUGUCAGCCACGGACACAACAACCUGGUGGAGCUGCUGCUGUCCUACAGUGCUACAGAUUGCAAUCUACAGGGAGACCUUGGGAACACCCCAGUGAUACUUGCCUGCUCCAUUAAUAACUGUGAGGCUCUCAGCACAUUGCUAAAGCAUGGAGCGCGGCUCUGCCAACAGAACAAGCUCGGCCAUUUUCCCAUACACGCCGCUGCCUUCGCAGGCGCAAAGAAAGCCAUGGAAGUGAUCCUGAAGGCCGGAGAGAAGUCGGGCCACCAAGCCGAAGGUCACAUCAACUAUUUAGACAAGUCCAGGAGCAGUCCGCUCCAUUUGGCUGUACGUGGCGGGAAUAUCGAGACCAUCGGUCUCUGCAUUGCUACUGGGGCCAAAGUUGACCAGCAACAGAAUGACAGGUCCACGCCGCUUCAUUUGGCCUGCACCCAGGGUGCUACUGAGGUAGUCAAGCUGAUGCUGUCAUCCUUUGACCAAGUGGAAGACGUCAUCAACCUAACUGAUGGGGCGAGUCAGACCCCUCUACACAGGGCUACAAUAUUUGACCACAAAGAGCUGGCUGAGUACCUCAUUUCUUUGGGUGCAGACCCUAACAGCAUGGAUUGUAAAGGAAACACUCCCUUGCUGCUGGCUACGAGCUGCGGAGCAUGGAAAACUGUGGCUCUGCUGCUGUCAAAAGGGGCAAAAGUAAACGUGAAAGACAGAUGCGGUUGUAACUUCCUCCACCUGGCCAUCCUCCAGCCCAAGGGUCUGAAAAACCUCCCAGAAGAAGUACUGCAGCUCAGCAGUGUGAAGGCGCUGCUGAGCUGUGAGGAUAAUGAGGGCUGCACCCCUCUCCACUACGCCUGCAGACUGGGUAUCCACGACUCUGUGAAGAACAUGCUGGGCCUCUCGGGGCAGGUCGGCCUCGAAUGCAAGUCGAAGGACAAGAAGUCCGCGCUGCACUUUGCUGCUCAGUAUGGGCGCUUCAAUACAUGUCAGCGAUUACUGGAGACCAUCACAGACUCUCGUCUGCUGAACGAAGGUGACGGGCGAGGCCUGACACCGCUCCAUUUGGCUUCAAAAGAGGGACACACCAAGGUGGUACAGCUGCUGCUGCGCAAAGGAGCUCUCUUUCACAGUGAUUACAAGGGCUUGACUUGUCUGCACCACGCUGCGUCUGCAGGAUACACGCACACUAUGGACAUUCUCCUGUCGGCCAAUCUCAAGUUACUGGAUAAAACAGACGAGGACGGGAACACUGCUCUCCACAGCGCAGCGAGAGAGGGACAUGUGGCCGCGGUCAGGGUCCUGCUGGCUCGGGGAGCAGAGAUCACCUUAAACAAGAAUUACACUUCGUUCCUCCAUGAAGCUCUGCAGAAUGGGAGAAAAGAUGUGGUCAAUACUGUAAUUGACAGUGACAGAGCUGGUGAGGCUUUGAGUCUGUUCGCCCCCGGCUCUGUCCAGCGAAGCCCCAUACAAGACAUGAUUGAGUUUCUGCCUGAGACCUACAAGCACCUGUUGGACCGCUGUGUGACGGAAUCUGAUGACGAUUUCAACAGUCCUGCCUAUCAUAUUGAAUACAAUUUCACAUGGCUCCAAGCUCCCCUUGCAGUGAUGAAGUUAACUGAAAAGACCUUGAGGGUUCAGCCACUUGCUGCACUCAACGCGAUGGUGCAGUACAACCGCAUUGAACUCCUCAACCACCCUGUCUGCAAAAAGUACCUCGCAAUGAAGUGGUUUGCAUAUGGGAGCCUGGCUCAUGUGCUUAACAUGUUUAUGUACCUGUUAGGCCUGCUGCCCCUCACUCACCUGAUAGUGACCCUGAGGCCCACCCUGAACAUCACCGACACGGGCGAGCACACUAUCACCAUGGUGCCCUCAUCUUUCGUAGAGCAAAGUCUGUUCGUGUCCUUCUGUAUGAUAAUGGUCUUGGUCAUGAACGUCUACUCCAUAGUGAAGGAAGUGGUGCAGAUGUCACAACAGCGCAUGAAUUACUUCAAGGAUUACUCCAACCAGAGCGACUGGUUUUCUGCCGUCCUCUCUCUUCUGUUCGUGAUUCCCAUCAUGCUCAAUGUGGAGGGUUCUUUACACUGGCAAGCAGGGGCGAUGGCAGUUUUAAGCUCCUGGAUUGGAUUUCUCCUUUAUCUCCAGAGGUUUGAGGGCAUUGGCAUCUAUGUUGUGAUGUUUUGGGAGAUCAUGAGGACACUGGUCCGUAUUGUGACGCUGUUCUUGUUCCUGGUGUUAGCGUUCGGUUUGGCGUUCCACGCUCUGAUGCUCAACCAGAAAGAGUUUGACAGCGUGCCUCUCUCAGUGAUGCAAACGUUUGUGAUGAUGGUCGGGGAGCUGAACUACCAGAAUAACUUCCUGGACAUUUAUCUCAAAGGCCAGCUUCCUUUUGGUUUCCUGACUUACUUCAUUUUCGUGAACUUUGUUCUGCUCAUGCCAAUACUGCUGGUGAACCUGAUGAUUGGUCUAGCUGUUGGAGACAUUGCCGAAGUACAAAGAAAUGCUGCCCUAAAAAGAAUAGGCAUGCAGAUUGAGCUGCACACCGCUCUGGAAGACAAGCUGCCUUAUUGGUUUAUGAAGCGAGUCGACAAACCCACCCUCACCAUCUAUCCAAACCGCUGCUCCAGGAACUUUAUAAGGCAUCUGAUCACAGGUGAGGAUCACACAAAUGAUGUCUGGAAUCGUCUGCAGGUCAAAUCACAGAACUGCACCAUGCUAGAAAAUGAGCUCAAAAAGCAGAAGUGCAGAAUGAAAGAGGUGUCGGGCAUGAUGGAGAAGCAACACAACCUGCUGAAGCUCGUCAUCCAGAAGAUGGAGAUCAGCUCAGAGGCCGACGAGUACGACGGCCCUGAGAACCUCAGACACAACGCGUGGCCGAGGAUGAGUCAGGCGAAGCCAAGAGGACACAUCGUGUCGCGGUGGGUCCCACUGAUGAAGGCCAUCGAGUCCAAAAGGAGCUGAAGAGGAUGAGACAAAUAAAACGUCUUAACCUAACAUUUUACAAAGUGAAUUAUCACAUUAUACAAGUAUAGGUAUGAGUGGCAUAAUUAUAUGACUACUGCACAAUGUAAUUCCUUAUAUUAGUAAGAUGUAGAACUCAUAUCCGCUAUAUAUAUAUAUUUAUUGUAACAGUUAAUUUAAUGAAGUGCUUUUAACUGAGUUGCCUUGAUUAUUGUGUGGUUUGAUACUGGAUAUUAUUGUGAAUGUUUUCAUUAUAGGCUGAAACAUUAAGUCACACAGUCGGGACCCACUGAUAAACAAAUGUUUUAAGUCAUUUUGUGGUAUGCAGUGUUGCCAUACUUCUAUUACCUGUUUCUGAAAUGCUGUAAUGUGUCUUUAUGUGCAAGUUAGUCAGUUAAAAGUAAGUAAAAGAU